AGUUGCAACUUGUCAAUUGCUAGGGACGGAAGUGAAAGCGUCGCACUCGCUGCAUUAGAACAAGGACGAAUUAUCCAUUCAACAUGAAUCUGCAAGUCGGUGUUGCGGAUCUGCUAAAGUUGGGCACCAAACUCAUUGGGCACAAGAUCGUGCAAUACAAUCUGGGCACCAAGGUGACAACAGUGAUCAAAACAGUGAAUGGAAGAGUGCGCGGACUGCAGCGUAAGACUCUCUACGAUGAGGAGCUCUACUUUGCCUUCGAGGGCAUACCCUAUGCCAAGCCGCCACUGGGGGAGCUGCGUUUCCGGGCGCCGCAGCCCGCAGAACCAUGGGAGGGCAUCAGGGAUUGUACUUACCCACGAGCAAAGCCCAUACAGGAGCAUUUCGUGAUGCACGUGGUCGAGGGCUCCGAGGAUUGCCUCUAUCUGAAUGUGUAUGCAAAGAACCUUAAGUCAGAGAAACCGCUGCCAGUUAUAGUUUUUAUCUAUGGCGGCGGAUUUCAAAUUGGCGAGGCCACUCGAGAUAUAUACAGUCCAGAUUACCUUAUGCAAAAAAACGUUAUUCUGGUCACUCUUAACUAUAGACUGGGAGCGCUAGGUUUCCUCAGCCUCUCCGAUCGAGACUUGGAUGUGCCCGGCAAUGCUGGGCUCAAGGAUCAGGUGAUGGCUCUGCGCUGGAUACAUGACAACAUUGCACACUUCAACGGCGAUCCAAAUAACAUAACCCUGACGGGUAAUAGUGCGGGCGCUGCCUCAACUCAGAUAAUGAUGACCACCGAGCAGACGCGAGGACUCUUCCACAAGGUCAUUCUCAUGUCGGGCUCAUCGCUAAGCUGCUGGGCCAAUGAGCCCAAACACAACUGGCCGCAUCGGCUGGCCUCUCAGCUGGGCUAUACGGGCACCGACAAUGAGAAGGAAGUGUUUCGUUUCCUGCAGCGAGCCUCGGCUAGAGACAUAGCCGGCUGCUCAACGAUACAAAACCAGGAGGAGACCCGUGACUAUAUUCUGUUUCCAUUUGGACCAGUUGUGGAGCCAUAUGUGAGCGCGAGUUGUGUCGUCUCCCGACCGCCAGUGGAGACACUCUCCGUUGCGUGGGGCAACGCCUUGCCGGCAAUCAUUGGCGGCACCUCGUUUGAGGGGCUAUUCUGCUAUCAGUUCGUAAUGCGCGAUCAGACCUAUUUCUUGAGCGCUUUUGAGUCCCUGAUACCCAGAGAGGUGCGUGAUAUUAGCACGCCAGCGCAGCUCAAGGAGCUUAUUAGACGCCUCAAGUUGAUGACCUUUGAUGAUGCGACGCGUGGUCGCAUGGAGUUCAAGGAGUGCCUUCAACUGAACUCCAUCAAGCAAUUCUGGCAUUCCAUGCAUCGCACUGUGCUCGCCAGACUCGCCUAUGCUCCGACCACGCCCACUUAUCUCUAUCGCUUCGAUUUCGACUCACCCACGUUUAAUAACUAUCGCAUUCUACAGUGUGGCCGCCAUGCGCGAGGUGUUUCCCAUGCCGACGAUAUCUUCUAUUUAUUCUACAGCAUACCGUCCAGUAAACUUGAUAAAUCCUCGCCAGAAUAUCGCACCAUCGAGCGUCUCGUUGACAUGUGGACGGCAUUUGCCGCUAACAGUAAUCCAAACGGUCCACAGUUGGCACCAGUCAGCUGGGAAGCUCUGGAACCGAACUCUACUCCAAUGUGCCUAAAUAUUGGACAACGUUUGGAGUUCAUUGAACUGCCGGAACUGAAGCAACUCAAACUCUGGGAUAGCUUCUAUGAUAAUCUGAAAUUGUACUAAAUUGUUACAUCACUUAAACGUUUAUGAUAUAAAGGUCGAAUGGAUUAUAUUGUA